ACGUCACCCUCUUAGUCAGGCACCCCGUUCCGUCGUGCUGUCUGCCUGAUUGCCGUAGCGUUGUCGUUUUUUUCCCCAAAGAUGGCCGCAGGUCCCCUCUCUGUGUCUUCAACCGCGUCAACAAACAACGAUGGCAUCCUUAUCGGUGACAAAGUUUACUCCGAGGUAUAUCUUACGAUCGAUAGCUCGCUCAUCCCCGAGGAUAGGCUGUCUCCGACGCCGUCAAUGCUCGACGGCCUCGACAUACACACCGAGACCGACCUUCGAAUCCUGGGAUGUGAGCUGAUCCAGUCAGCCGGCAUUCUUCUCCGUUUGCCGCAGGUGGCGAUGGCGACAGGGCAGGUGCUUUUUCAUCGUUUCUUUUACUCCAAGUCCUUCGUCAAGCAUAGUUUCGAGAUUGUUGCUAUGGCUUGUAUUAACUUGGCGUCCAAGAUCGAAGAAGCACCUCGGCGGAUACGAGAUGUCAUCAAUGUUUUCCAUCACCUCAAGCAGAUUAGAAUGAAAAAGACUCCAAGUUCAUUGAUUCUUGAUCAGAACUACAUAAACACCAAAAAUCAAGUCAUCAAAGCUGAACGUCGGAUUCUCAAAGAACUAGGCUUCUGUGUACAUGUCAAGCAUCCACAUAAGAUCAUUUUCAUGUACUUGCAAGUCCUGGAGUGUGAAAAGAACCAAACGCUGGUCCAGACCGCCUGGGUAGUCCGUGCUGGUAAGUCACAUAAAGAACCUCUGAACUCUGCCUCCUCCAACCACAUGACCUCAGGAAGCUUCCCCCCUUUGGCUGGCUGCCCCUCUCCACACAGCCAGUCGCAAUGCUGAGACUCGUUGAAGGGGGUGCUGGGGCCUUUCCCAACAGCCUACAUCAUCUUAUAUUCUCUUGGCUCGCCACAAGGAUUUGUAUUUUUUUUAUGCCAAGGCUUUUAGAUCACACUAUUUUUUUUUUUUUUUUUUAGUUUAAGUAGGACCAGGUAAAAAGUUCAAAUUAUAGUGUGUCAUGUCCCGAACUGACGUGAUUUCCAGACAUGUCUGUUUUGCAGGCGGAUCCAGUUCUCAGGUUUUGCCUCCCAGGACCCGUCUUGCUCUGCAGCAGUCGCUAUUCAACAGAUUGGCAUGUUGUCUUGUAGGCAUAGUUUGUGAUGUUGAGCCACUAAAGUAUCUUGUGGCUCAUUAGAUGAUGGCAGGUUAGCCUGAUGAGUAACGACAUUGUUCUUUAAAUGAGUCAAAUGAAAGUUAUGUAUAUUGGAAACAUUUGCCAAAAUAUUAUCGCCUGGUUAAACAAGUAUCGAUAGGGGGUGGGUGAUACGUUGCAUUUACCAUCUUGCCCAGCGUUAGUCUACAUCCUCCUUUUUGUUUGAAUCCUUUUUGUCUGUUUCCCAAUUACAUUGAUAACCAUGUUCCUGCCCAUGGUACAUUCCAUUUUUGAACAUAUUGAGUUGAUCCCUGGGAAAAUCAAAUGUUGACUUUAGCACUGCAGUUUCACUCAACAGGCAGAAAUUCUUGGACGGUAGACUUAUCACUUCAGCACCUUUGCUACAUCACUAGUUGAGUGACAAAGUUUGGCCUGAAAAGCUUGUGCACAGCUGACAUAUCCAAAACUAGCUUUUGUGCAUGUUGGCCUUAAAAGCUUUUGCACCCUUGUCAGUUCAGAUCGAACAAUCUGAAAGUGGCAACUGUGGUGUAGAUACACAUUUUACAUUACAUGUGUGCAUGUUCCCAAGGCAUGUGUCAUAAUCAUCUUGUCUGCUCAUAAUAGGGUGUAGUGCAAUCCUGGCAGGGCUUAGAAAGGAGUUUUGUGACAAAUUCUAGUCUUGUGGAUACCCCAGAGAGAAAUGGACAAAGUUAAAUUUUACAGCACUACCACUUUCACUCAAACUGUCUAAUAAAGGUUGAUUAGCAGCAGCUUAACAUUAAAUUCAGCUACGGCAUGCUAUGGUACCUCAAAUUCCACUUGAUAAAUUGUAUUUUUUGAACAAUUCACACCACCAUUAAAUUAUGUAAAGUUACAGAAACAUCUUAAACGUUGAAUGUUAUUGGCAAGUCUUAUUUUGGGGAAAAAAAACACCUAAUGUUACUUACUCAUUGUUUAAUAAUAGACAUUUUUGUCCUCCAAAGUUGAACAAUUACACACUUGGACUCCGUUAGGGUGCCAGGUAAAUUUUGGUUUAGCCCCGAGCAGCUAAAGAAUUUUGAUUUUUACUGAGUGGUUAAAUGCCAAACUGGCAUUAAGCCUGUCAACAUUUUUUUAGGGUGACAGAAAACUAUUGUGAUAAAUGAUAGCAUCUUGACCCCCAACUAACACAAACACAUCCACAAGCAUAAUAAAACAUCACAGCAAUACCUGAAGAUUAUCUAAAUAGAGUUGAGAGAUUUAAUAAGACUAUAUGACUGUAUUAGCAAUACUGGUUAUGUAGGCAAUUCGACCAUUUGGCCAGAUUGAUGUCAAAGUACUUAGUAUCAUACGCCAGUAUUCUCCACACAGUCUUCGAAGACUAUUAUUUUUAAAAAUGGCUUGGCGUUGUAUUGUUGUGUAAACAUAUAAUCUCUGAACGGUGACACAAUUGUCCCAAUUUGAUGACACGCUCGCCCCAUUUUUUUUAAAUUCCAUUUUUAAUGAAACUCCAUUUGAAAAUGGCAAAUGACUUUGUCGCGUUUGUGCCACAUAGCUCCAUAUUUUGCUCUUUUGCCACUAUCAGUAAAAAGAAGAGAUGAGUUAACAUUAUAGGGAGUAAGUAAGUUUUUUUCCAUGCUCUCUUAUGAUUUUGUGUUAAUGUGUUCUAGCGCCACCUCAGGUUUGGCAUGUACAUUACAGUGUUUAGGGAUCUUUAGUCUUGUAAACAGUGUUUAUUAGAAAUCUUUAAGCACUAAUUAUUUACCAUUGUCAAAUUGAACCUUACACUGCAAAUUUGAUUGCGCCCUGGUAAAGUACAUCUUAAUUGAGUCCUAUUCUUCAGACAAGGAUGUGUUAUUUGCUGAUAUUACAAAUUUUGCCAAUAUUGCAAAGUCUAUCAUGUGGUUGAAUGUUAAAUUUUACUGAAAGCAAAAAAAAGAAGCAAUUUCGAUGCUUUUAACAAAUUUUAGCUGAAGCAUUCCUGACAUUUGAAUGAACAUCUUAACAAAUCUAAAAGAUGAAAAUAUUGAUCAUAUUUGUAAUUAUUUCGAGUCGAUUGUGCGUUAGCAUUUGACAAAUCGGUUGAUAUCAAUGCAUCGUAACACCCACGAAGAGUUAAUGUGGAAGUUACUCCCCUUCAUUAAUACACUAAUAUGCACAAUUCCAUUUAGAUAUUUAUUUAGCACUACACACCUUACGAAUCAAUGUUCUUUUUAAUUCAGCGAUACUGCUUGUGUCCAACUUUCAAUGGCGACAUGGUAAAGACAAACAUUAGUUGUAAUAAGAGUCCACUUCUUAGUAAGUGGAGGCCUCACAGGAAGCAAAAAUUUUUUAUCCUUUUUAAUGCUAACAUGAUAGUCAUACUUUAGUGUUAUAAGGAGUUUGCCACUUUUUUACUCGCGACUACCUCUGGCCUAAAGCGUAACUGCAGCUACGUUAACCUAGUACAUCGUUCACAUGCUUGUCGCUCAUCAAAUCAGCACCAGAAAUGUUAAAAAUACAAAAGUGUUUUUACUGUUAGUAGCAAGUGGGUUACAAAAGUGUUUUUGCCAAGCGGCGAUUAAGCGGUGGCUCGGGGAAAUGGCGCUGCCGCUGUGGGGACUUGCUUGGAUGUGCAUAGGUCUGUUUUCGCCCAGUGUGUUUGAGCCGAAGUCUAUUGAAGGGAAGAAAAGGGGCUUUUAGGGGCAGUCAGUUAAAAUUUCAGGGCUCUGUGCACUCAUCAGGAGACUGGUGGAGGAUGCAUGGCGUAGAAAACAUUAAAGUAUCACUAAAAAUUCCAUACAGUUCAAUUUAAUUAUUCAAAACGUAAUUCCUUUUCAGUGGUGGCUUUUUGAAGUACCAAAGUGAUGUGCAAGUCGCUGGUUUUAAUGUUGAGCUGUCGUCUUUUCAAAUAUGAAUAACAUUGGCUUUGUGUAGAGA